AUCACCAAGUAGCCAAUUAAACAGUUACCAGCAAAGCCCAUUAUGGACAAUGCAAGCCAUCAAAAGUGAGGGGGAAGUAGGGUGAGAGGGAAGGAAGUAAAUCAAAAUGGCGUUGGAGUUGAAGGGAACUUUUCCAGUGCCACUUAUCGAGAAGAAUCUGCUGGAUCUGAAAGUAAAAGAAGUUCCUUCCUGGACUGUACGGAGACUAUUAUCCCCAAUGUCUAUCUUUUAUGCUAUCUGCAGAUGCCAUGAUUCUUACUACAAACAUUACAUCGAUGUGAAAAAGGGCGGCCUUGGUGGCAUUUCAAUGUUCCUGAUGGGUUAUGUUGUGAUCAGCUACAUUUGGGGGUUCAGCCACAUUAGAUCGCUGGAGAAAGUACCACUAAAUGACUGCAAUAACAUUACAGCUCGAAGUAAUGAUAGAAGCUGACAAACAUCUCUGCUGGACCUGUUGUUAUUGAAUGGUUACUUUGUUCAUGCAUUUUUUACACCAGUUGGUUAUAAGUAAAACUCAUUGCUUACUCUUUUGUUAUAUUACUCUGUCCUGAUUUUUGUGAAAGGACAAAUUUGAAAAACCUGUUCAUUGUUUCUGGAAUUAAAUGUGAUAUAUUGCUGAA